AUGGAUCCGCGCUUCAUUGUCACCCGCGAAGAACUAUACGAUGUCCAGAUGGACUUGAAGCGCCUUCAUUCCAUCCAGCAUCAGCACUCGGAGCGGUUACGAUUGUUGGAAAAACGCCAGGCUGACGAUGCCGCCUUGAAGUCUGUUUGGAGUUCGCCGUUCCCAAGGCCAGUUCACUUGCCAGCCAACGAUUUGUUUGACGACCUUGACGAGCAGGGCCAGAACUUGCUUGGUAGACUGCACCUUGAGCCUGAAGACGAGCCUAUACGACGAGGGGCAGCAUCGAGGGCGAAUAGUGUGCGGUUCGAUGAAAGCGCUCUGCAUGGAUGGGGCGGCCAUCAUGGCACCCGUCACUCGACCGAAUAUGGCUUGACGCGCCCUGGAAGUGGCAUGGGAGGCCAUCCGAUGACUGAGCGCUCUUCGUCUCACAAGUCUGAUGGGAGGCAUAGCUCUGCCGGCCAUUCUGUUCAUUCAGUGCAUUCCAACGCCUCUGGCCGAGCUAGCAGUCUCGGUCUUGACACCAACUUCUCGAUUGGUGGCAUGGAGGAUGACUCUCCCGUUGAUGUCCCGGAACCUCCUCCAGGGUUCUUUUAUCUGGGCGCAGCUCCGUCGAUCAUCCGCUGUUGCUUGACUGAUAACAUCACCAACAAAGGGUUGCUCUAUGCUGUCGUCUGCACUGGUUCUCAAAAGUCAACAGUGGACUAUAGUGUGGUCAAAGACCUGCACCUAACCAACCAAAUGCAAAGAGGAACGGACGGCAUUUACAGGAUCGAUCUUCCGGUUUACCUUACCGAAGCUAGAGUCAUUCAGUCCAACUCUAGGUCUGUCAGCCCGAUUCACCCACUGCCGCCCAGCAUCACAUGUUCUUUUGAAGUGACAGGCAUGGACCAACCAGAAACUCCUGAAACCAGAAAGAGCAUUCGCGUCUUCAUCGGUAACCACACGUUGAGGUUGCAUAGUGCGGACCUUCUGCUUUCUCAGAACUCCAUGACCUUGUAUGGCACCGGCCGGGACAAACUUUCUGUACCUUUUGUUCGACCCGAGGAUGAUGCGGUGUUCAAGAAUCUUGCAGUCACCAAUAUGGCCCCUGGGCAUAAGCCUAAGCUGAACGCUGCCGCGCCCGAGUUUGUUGCUGGUGACAGAGUCGCGAAACCGUCGGCCAAAGGCAACGAAGAACCGAUCCCCAAGCAAAAUGGAGAUAUCGCCUCGGAGGGAGCACUGUUGUCCCCUGUGAGGUCGCCUAGUCAACCAGUCAGGACCACCACUGAGACAACUAGCACAUCAUCUGAAGAGGGUGGAGAGUAUGAGAAGGAGCAACCUCAACAGCAGCAACAGCAACAGCAGCCGCCGCCACCGCCGCCUGCUCCAGCCGAUCCUGUAGUCCCUGAAGACGUCUCCAAAGACGGUGCCAAAGAAAAUGCUACGCCCACAUCAACGACCGAUACCGCUCGCCGGGAACCUAGCGCGGCCAUCAGGACUCCGUGGAGACAAACGGCUGCCAGUCUUGCCGACAAGGAAAGUACCCCGCUGAGCGGCUACCAGCCAGCUGCAAGGGGUCGCAGUAUGAAGAUCUUACGGCCGACGAAGAUAUCCUCCAUUAGCAGCAUUAGCACUGUCGGUCCAAACUCGCCGUCGACUACCCGGUCAACGGGUGCGUUCGAAUCUCCCUCCAUUCCGCGGUCUAACGGAACCGAUCUGCGACGGACCAAGGGCUCAACAGCUAGCGCGGCGGCGGCGGAAGGCAGUCAGAGCAGCACUAGCAGUCCCACGGUAGGCAGUUGGGGUCCCUCCAAACGCAGUCUGAGCACCAGUGCUAGCGCUUCCAACCUUGGAAACUUGGAAGGUGGCAAGGGCAUUGAGACUAGGGAGCAAAGGUCCUCGUCACUGGCAACCACGGUGGGCAGUCCCAUGCAUCAGGAUGGACUCAAGACGCCGACAGCUCCCAGAUCGGCCACGAAUCCUCUUGGUAGUGCAUCUGCUUUUGCCUGGAUGGGGAAUAAAACGACGGGUAAGGCGUCUGCCAGCCCGUUCUAG